AAUCAGUCAAUUAAAGUUAAAUCAAUUGAAAUAUUUUCUUCACUGUAAUCUCUCUUCAUCAUCUUCAAUUUUCUUCUCUCUCAAUCAUUCAGAAAUAUUUUCACUCACAAACCUCUCUGAAACUAGUUCCCCUGAUUUCUUCAGUUUGCACCUUGGUUGCCCUGUUACUUUCUCUGUUUUACCUUCUUUAUUUCAGAAUCUUUUUGCCCUAUUUCUAGUUUUUUUUUUUUCUUCUGUUUCAAUAUUUCUUAUUUCUUCAAUCGAAAAAAAACACACUUUUUGCUUUCAGUUAUUUCUCGAUUACUGGAAAGAAUUAUCAUUUCUCGUAUUUAUAGUUAAUUAUUUUCAUUUGAUUUACUUCUUUUCUGUUUUUCAAACUAGAAAAAAGUUAAAAAAAAAAUGGUUGAUGUUGCCGGGAGUAUCGGAAGUGUGGUGAGUCCUGUCCUUCAAGUUGCCGAGUGGUUGGCUGCUCCGAUUUGGCGUCAAUUUAAGUACUUGUUCAACAACAAGAGCAACUUUGACAAUCUCCAAGAAGAAAUUGACAAGCUGAAGAAUACAAGAGACGAAGUUCAGCAUAAGGUUACUGCUGCUGAGAAAAAUGUGGAAGAGAUCAAACAGAAUGUUAAGGACUGGCAGAAAGAUGUGGAGAAGACCGUUACUGAAGCAGAGCAGUUGAUUCAAGCGAAAGCAAACAACUCUCGAUGUUUCAAGGGAUUGUGCCCCAACUUCAUCACCAGCUACAAACAAAGCAAGAAAGCAUUCAAAUUAAAGCAGGAUGAUAUCGAUCCACUACUCCGGCAAGAAAAGGAAUUGGGUCCUGUUUCCUAUCCCACUAAUCCACCGGAGAUCUGGCUUAGAUCUAGUGAAGAUUAUUUGGCUUUUGAAUCAAGAAACUCCACUGUGAAGGAUGUAUGGAAUGCUUUAAAUGAUGAGAAUGUCUUCAUGAUUGGUGUUUAUGGGAUGGGUGGUCUUGGGAAGACCACGCUUGUGCAGGAACUUGGUAGGAAAGCCAAGGAGGAAAAGCUCUUUGAGGAGAUUGUUUUUGUGGAGGUUUCAGAAUCUCCUGAUGUAAAGAAGAUUCAGACAACAAUUGCAGAGAAAUUGGGUGUGGAAUUCAAAAAAGAAAGUGAAAUGGCAAAUAAGAUAUAUUCAAGAAUGAAGGACAAGAAUAUUCUUCUAAUUCUAGAUAACAUUUGGGAACCGCUAGAAUUUGAAAAGAUGAUAGGAAUUCCUUGCGGAGUUGAUCGUGGAAGAAAUAAACUUUUGUUCACAACAAGAAACUUAGAUGUGUUGGAGAGGAUGGGUUCCACAAAUAAUUUCAGGAUGGGCAUUUUAAAUGAAGAAGAAGCUUGGACCCUAUUCACUAAAAUGACAGGAAAUAUUAUUCAAACACGUGAAUUGCAUUCUCAAGCAAAAGAUGUAUGCAAGGAAUGCAAAGGAUUACCUAUUGUAAUUUGUACAAUGGCUAAAGCAUUAAAAAACAAGAGUCAUCCAUCUUAUUGGAAGUGUGCAUUGCAAGAAUUGAGAGCACCUUCUCCAAGAAAGUAUACAAGAUACCUAGAAGAGGAUUACGCAAAGAUCGCCUUAAGUUACAAGUAUUUAAGAGAUGAUGAACUUAAGAAAACGUUUUUAAUUUCUAGUCUAAUGAAAAAUAAUACUUCCAUUUCAGACUUGUUCAGACAUGUUGUGUGUCUGGAUGUAUUUGAUGGAGCUAAUUUGACAAUGGAAGAAGCACGAGAUAGACUAGAUAUAUUGGUUUGUGACCUCAAAGAUGCUUGUUUAUUGCUUGACGGGUUCAAAAGCGGCCAAUUUGCUAUGCAUGAUGUUGUUCGUGCUGUCGCCAUAACAAUUGCAUAUAUGGAUCACCAUGUGUUUACAGUAAGAAAUGACGUUGAACGAGAUUGGAAGGAUAGAGAUAAACUGAAGAAAUGCACAAUGAUCUCUUUACCUAGUGAAAAUACUAUUAUAAGUCAACUUUGGCCUAAUGAUUUGGAUUGUCCAAAUCUUGAAUAUUUCUAUAUGGGGGACUCUUCUUUCAAAAUCCAUGUGAAAAUCCCAGAGGACUUUUUCAUGGUGAUGCCAAACCUUCGAGUAUUGAAUUUGGAAAGGCUAUGGCAAUCAUCAUUGCCAUCAUCAAUUGAUCUUUUGACAAACCUUCAAACAUUGUGUUUAGAUAGUAGCAAAGUUGAAGAUUUUGCUAUUAUUGGAAAGCUAAAGACAUUAAAAGUUCUUAGCUUGCAAAGAUCAAAUAUUAAGGAGUUUCCUGCAGAAUUGGGUCAAUUGACUCAAUUAAGGUUGUUAGAUUUAAAUUAUUGUAGGAGAUUGGAAGUAAUUGCUCCAAAUGUGAUAUCACAAUUAUCCAAAUUAGAAGAAUUUUAUAUAAAGGGAUGCCCUAUUAAAUGGAAGGAUGGCGUACUCAAGGAAUUGAAGCUCUUGUCCAACCUCACCAAUUUAGAAUUGGAUAUUGAAGUUAACAAUGUGUUGCCUAAAGAUUUUGUUUCCAAAAAGCUUAGAAGGUACAAAAUAACAAUACGAGGUAAGGGUUAUGGAGAUCCAAUAAAUAAAUACUCAAGGAUUUUCGCGUUUGCCUGUAACUCUACCAUCUCCCAAGAAGAAUUAGGUGGAAUCAAUGAUGUUGAAGUCUUACACAUAGUUAAAUCUUCAGAUGACGAGGAGGAUCUUGAUGAAAAGCAAAUGCUGCCAUUAUUUAAGGGGAAGGUUAUUUUCACCAAUUUGAUGGCCUUGAAAUUGACCAAUAUUAGUUUUGGAAAGAUUUGGGAGAGUCAACUUUCAAUUUCUUCUUAUCAAAAUUUGACACAGUUGAUUUUGAAGAGAUGUGAUAAAAUGAAAUAUGUGUUUCCAUUUUUUAUAGUCAAAAGCCUCCAACAGCUCAAAUACCUUAUGAUAAAGAAGUGUAAGGUUUUAGAGAAGAUUGUUGAAGAAGAAGAAGGAGCAGAAGUGGUUGAUUCUAUCUUUCCACAGUUAAUGAAAUUGGAGCUUAGGUUUUUACCAAAACUUACUGUUUUCUAUUUAGGAGUAGAAGCUUUGGAAUUGCCAAUGUUGAAUACGUUGAAGAUAUCAUAUUGUCCAAACUUCACUUCAACAUAUCAAAGCUUCCAAGAUAAUAAUGAGGAAGGUGAAGUUCAAGUUUCUGGUUCAAAAUCCAUUUGCUUGGAGCAUAAGAUCAAUUCUGAUUUGAAGGUAUUUCAUUUUAAGGAUGGUGUGGUAUCUAUUACUUGGGAGAGUCAAUCUAAAACUCUUGAAACCUCCGUCAGAAAUCUUUCAGUGAAACUACUUCAAAAUUUUAACAAUUUGAAAGUGCUCAAAGUAUGUCGCAGCCUAUCUAAAGAAAUUAAAAGCCUAUUUGAUCUUCCAUAUCUUGAAGUUCUAGAUAUAGAUAGUUGUUACAGAAUGAUAAGUCUACCGACAUUCUCGACUUAUUUUCUACCUCUUAAAGUUUUGAAGUUAAGUUAUUGUCACGGGUUGAUAAAGAGGUUAAUAACACCUUCAAUGGCUAAAAGCUUGGUGCAUUUGAGAGAAAUGAGCAUAUACAGGUGUAAUUUGCUAACUGAAGUAGUAGAAGAUGAGGCUGAUGUAACAACAACUAACAUUGGUUUUCACAGUUUGGAGAAGUUGUCACUUAAAAAAUUAGACAGUCUUACAUGCUUUUGUUCUGGGAAUUACUCUUUCAAUUUUCCAUCUUUGAGAGUGUUAGUUAUAAAAGGAUGCCUCAAUAUGAAGACUUUCUGUCUAGGAUUCUUAAGCACUCCAAGGUUACACAAUGUCAAUUAUGAGAAUGAGCUAGUAGAGAUUGGGGAAAAUGACUUGAAUACAAGUGUACAACAAUCACACAAAAAAAGGAUUCCUCAAAGUUAUGGGAGGAAAGUGCGAAAUCAUAUGGUCAACGAGCUUUUUACUACUGCGAUUAUUGCAACAAAGACAUCACGGGGAGGAUCCGCAUGAGAUGUGCAAUUUGUCCUGAUUUUGACCUCUGUGAAGAGUGCUUCAGUGUUGGAGCUGAAGUGAAAACUCAUAAGAGCAAUCACCCCUACAAAGUUCAUGGACAAUCUCUCAUUCCCACUUAUAUGCCCUGACUAGAGUGCAGAUGAUGAAUUGCUGCUUCUAGAGAGUUAUAGGUGUCUCCAGUGGAUAACAACAAUAACUCCUUGAAGUCUCCUUUAGUAUUCGGCUUCGUGGAUUGAGGUCAUUUUUGUCAUCUCAGAUGGAGCUAGGAAUAUUUCUUUUAUAGAGUUGAAAAGCAGAUAACCAUGUUUCAUAUCCAAAUAGUCCUGAGUCCUCCGGUGGAACUUUCAGAAUGAAGCCUCUGCAUAGAUUGUGAGGCAUUGCAGCUCAUGUUCCUUCUGUUUAAAUUAAAUGUGCAUGAAUGCUUCAAGACGAAGACUUUCUCUCAACAAGGCUUAAGCAUGCUAAGGUUAAAGGAGGUGAACUAGAAAUAUUGCGUGAAGAAUGAGCUUAAUACAGUCAUACAAUCAUUACAAAAUGGAGAUGGAGAUGAAGUGAGGCUUUAUUUUUAAAGAUCAAAGGAAGAGGAAGCUAAUUAAGCAUGUGGUCUCCAGGUAAUUUGCCAGAAAUCGGCUGGAAAUGGAAGAAAAGGCUCUGGUUUCAGAGGCAAAAUUCAUGAGAGCAAAAACUUUGAAUAAAAAUAACUACUUCAUGUCUUUGUAAAUUAAAUAUCUAGUUCUUCAUGUCUAUGUUUAUUCUGAUUUAGCAACAAUUAAUUGAUAUUCUCAUUUUUUUUGUAAUCACAGAAUUGAACACAAUUACAGAAAUUUCAGGUAAUGCAUA